AUGCGCUCUCCCACCCUCCCCCGCAUUCCGAUCCACGCGAUCGAAGCGGCACCGCAUGCGCCCGUACGCACGCGGACCUUCGUGGGCCCCUUCAUCGUCUUGGUAGGUAUCGUGUGCGCGUCGGCCACACAAACCGAGUUCGCCUCGUACCUCGCCCAGACUCUCGACUUUGACAAGCCGUACUUUUCCUUCUUUGUCACCCACUCGGCAUUCACCUUUGUCUUCCCCGUCCACCUCGCGGUCCUGUCCCUUCGCAAUGGACCACGGGGUGCUCCCGCACGAGCCAAGCAGCUCCUGCGCAACCUUCGCACCGUCCUGGGCGACCAGCUCCAAGUCACCCCACGAUGGCGCCAGCUGUGGAGACCCCUUAACCGCAAGAUCCUCCCUCUCACAGGGCUCAUCUCGUUCCCGGCCAUUGCCUGGUUUGUGGCCAUGGCGCUGUCCCCGGCCAUGGACAUUACCGCCAUCUACGCGACCAGCGCGUUCCACACAUACUUUUUCUCCCUCAUCCUCCUCGGCACGCCCCUAACGCGUAUCACCGUUAUUGCCAUUGCCGUCGCGUUUGGCGGUGUCCUGGUCCUCACCCUGGACGGCGCCGGCGGAGGGGGUCCGAAGGGGUCAGAAGGCUUUGGCGGGCGCCGCGUAGUGGGUGAUAUCAUCAUGGUCAUUGGCGCGGCCCUGCUGGGUCUGUACGAGGUGGUAUACAAGAUGGUCCUCCCCGAGGGCGAGGGCGGCACACACCUCCACGGCAACCAUCCCGCGUCGCCAGUUGUCGCACACUAUGCCUCCACGCCCAACGCCGCUGCGGGUUCGUCAUCGCAAGACCCCGAGACAGCAACCGAUGUCGGGGACGACGACGACGACGACGACGAUGACGACCGUAUUGCCCUCGACCGUCCUGCCGGUUCGCGCACACCACUGUUGCCCAAGACCACGAGCAGCUCGUCUAGCUCCGUCACCAGCUCACCGCCCCGGUCGUCCUACCCGGCGAGUCCUGUUGUUCCAAGCCUGCGCACGCCAGUCCCUCACCUCCCGACGGCCUUACUCUCCAACUUUCUCACUUCCGCCAUUGGCUUUGCGACCUUUGUCUGUCUUUGGGUCCCCUUCCCUUUCCUUCACAUGACAGGAGUCGAGGAGUUUGUGUGGCCCCAUGGGAGCAAGCUGUGGAGCACACUGUUUGUCGUUGCGUCUGGUGGCGCCAUUUACAACGCUGGCCUUAUGACUCUGAUUGGUAUCUGGGGUCCCACCGUGGCUUCCGUUGCCAACCUGCUCACCAUCGGUCUUGUGGCCGUCAUGGACGCCGUGUGGAUGGGCCGCAUCCCCGACCUGCAGACCAUUGGUGGCGCAGGACUCAUCUGCGGUGGCUUUGCCGCCUUGUUGUGGGAGGGCGACGUCGAGGGAUGA